UCACAAAAAAUAUUUGUAGGAAUACUUUAUUUUAUUUUGUAGUUUAAAAAUUUGAUGUAAUUGAGAAUGGCAGACAAAAUUAAAGAUGAGAGAGAAAAUGAGCCCGCAGCUGAAACAAAUGGAGUGAAAUCACCAUCGUUAGACGACGAAAUCGAAAAUCCCGACAUAGAACCUGUGCCAUCGACAUCCGAAGUAGCAGAAGAAGCGAGGCCGACGAACCCCGAAAUAGAGACAGAAGUAAGGGAAUCCAGCACAGAGCUAUCACCACAAACAGUCACAUCAGAUGUUGUAGUACCAACCACAUCAGAAGAGUUCCAACAACAUCAUGAACUCUUGCAAGAGCAAUAUGAGAACUAUAAACGAAUUGCCAAAGGAUUUAUGAAUACUUUAAGGCGUCCAAAAGAUAUCGAAAUUUGCGAGGAUCUUCUUGAAAAAGUGGAAAGACUUAAUGCAAGUCAACUUCUUAAAGUUAGAAGAAAUAAUAAUAUAUUUUUUCGUUAUUUUUUACGUGUUUUAAAAUGGACCAGUGAAAAUCAACCACUGCACUUGUACCAGAAAUGGUAUAAAUUGGAUGAAGAUGUUGAUUUAGCCAUGGAGGAAACCGCCAAAUGGUUGGGCGAUAAAAAAUCGUACAUGGCUUCGAAAUGUUUCAGCGAUGGUACCACUAUUACCUAUCUUGCUGUAUCCAAUAAUCUUGAAGCUGGUUGGCAAGAUGCAGGUCUGAAGAUUUUGCAACGAAAACUUUCUUGUGAUAGAAUUUGAACCAUAAAGAAGAUUAAUCAAGAAAUGGCCUAAGUAAAGAAAAACAAUUAUUUAUAACACCUUUAGGCAUAUCGUGAAAAAUUUACUGCUGUAUAGAUAUAUAUACCUUUCAUCAAUAUAAUAUUUAUUUGAUA